UUUGACUUAUUUAGGUUGCCAACUUGAUGAGCUAAAUUUUUUAUUGGUCGAAAAAAAUACUACAACUCAAUCUAAAACUCAUGUACAUCCUAGCUUUCAUAUGGGUGCAUGCAAAUUGCAAAUUGUUAGUCAAAUAGAAACCAACCGUCCAUGGAAGUAUUGAAAUUCAACUGCUUGAUCAUCAUCAUCUUUCAUCUUCAAUCCAAAUCCAUAUACGUCACAAACUUCAAUCUCACGUUUCUUCUUCAUAAACUCGACUUCUGUAACAUUCUAUACAAAUUUCACUGCAAAUUUUCAGUUUCCACCUCUUUGUUCAUGCCUUUCUGUUCUCUACCUUCCACCAUCGCUGUUUCUUGUUUCUCUAAUUGAGAAAUUUAACAACUGGAAAGUGGAAUUCCAACAUGUUGCCUUUGGAAGGAGGUGAUGAUUUCCUAUUAGAUCGAAGCUUAAUCGCGAAUGAAGAUGAGGAAUCGAGCGAGUUGUUCGAGAUUGAGCUAGGGAUUGAGGUACGAUCGAAUCGUAAACAGGAGGAUGAUUGCGAAGAAAGUUGGUUUUCCUUUGAUUUUCGCAAAUCAAACCAUUGCGUUUAUGUUGGGAUUAGCGAUAACUUCGAUUCCAGUAUGGACGCCUUGCAAUGGACUCUCGAUUUCGCUGUUUUACCCUCCACUAUCGUCUAUCUGUUUCAUGUCUUCCCCGAGCUUCGCUUCGUCCCAAGCCCAUUGGGAAUGCUUCCGAAGAGCCAGGUUAGUCCAAAGCUGGUAGAGAAGUUCAAGGCUGAAGAAAGAGCAAAGAGGAAGGAGUUCCUUCAUAAGUUUGUUGAUAAAUGUUAUGCUGCUCAGGUCAAUGUAGAGGUUGUGAUGAUUGAGAGUGAUAUGGUAGCCAAGGCAAUUCUUGAUCUUAUCUCUCUUCUACAGAUAAGGAAACUGAUACUAGGGAGCACCAAAGCCAGAAAAUGGAGAUCUAGGAGAGGAAAAGGGAUAGCCAGACAUGUACUGCAAAAUGCACAAGAAUUUUGUGAUGUGAAAAUCAUAUGUGAAGGAAAGGAAUCCACCUACCAAGCGAUUGAAUCCUCGUCCUCGUCCUCAUCUUCUUCACACACCCCCUCUCCAAAUUUAAGCGACAAGAAUAUCCAUUUCAAGAGCCAUUUCAAGAACACGGAGAAAGAAUAUCACCGUAGUGGUUUCUUAACUUGGAGGUGUUUUGGUGGUUAAACUCCAUCUUCAUGUCUCCUAAUCCACUGACCU